CUAUGAAACGUACCGUUGCUGUGCUGUACCACGUAUAGUCUAACAACAUGCACUUAUGCACUGGAAAUUUUAGGAACACCCCAUUGAAAUGUGUUACCCGAAACGCAUCGUCGCUUCACCAAAUAUACAGUACUCAAGCAUAGUCCACUUCCAGUGCACAAGCGAGUAAUUUUGCUCAGUGCACAAGCGAGUAGAACUUUCAGUGCACAAGCGAGCGCUCGCCCCUUGGGCACUGUCCUUGGAAGGAGCGCAAUGGAAGAAGAAAAGUAAACAAAAAACUGCUGUGCUGUGGCAAAUGCGGAGCCGGAGCCCACGAACUCAACAGAAGAUCACCUUGCCGCACCUCACUCAAGCCAAAAGGAACGCCCCCCAGGAACGCUGCCACAUCCUCUCGCUCCAUUUGGCGGCCAAGCCGGUGCGGUUGCCAGCGGUUGCCUUCACUGGAAGACUUGCCUCUGUGAUUUUCGACCGUCGCCUGUUGUACUGGCCAGUCAUAUUGUGGAACCUCGUGCUCCGCCAGUCUCUUGCUCUUCUGAACCUCCGCCAGUCGUUCAGGCAAGCCCAAUGUCUUUUGGGCUGCAGCCCAGCUUGGUAGCCGGGUAGCCUGCUCUCAGUGCCAUGAAUGCGCCUGAUCUGUUUCUUGAGGGCACCAGCCUCACCAAAACAGUGGGCAGGCCACUGUACUGUGUUGAUCAAGGAAUGGAAUCCACUGCCUACUUGUAAAGGUGUCCAGCUAAAGGCUUUUCAUGACGGACCACACUGGUCUAAACCGUGAGGAAGGGAGAGGGACUGCUCAAAUGGUAAUGUAGCGGAGGUAUUAAGUUGAGACCAACACCGGCUUGAUUAGCAUCCCGAGCAGACCUACUUCACCAAGAUGAGCAAAUCAUAAAAUCAUAUUGGUUGAAAGUCUCUCGCAU